GGCGCUGCGCAUGCGCAAAUAGUUUAGGAGCUGGCUUAGAGCAAAUUGGCAAACUGAAAUGUUUAAAACGCUAUUAAGCGUAUGUGUGUGGACUAGCCUGGCUUGGAGCAGCUGCCAGGCAACGGAUUACUUUUCGUCCAUUAGCGGACUGGAGCAUUUGCUCAACACAGAGCACAUUUUGUUGCAGGACCUGAGUGCACAGGUGAAGGCAAGCAGGACACUGCUGCAGCAAUUGGAGCUAGAACUUUCCAGCAUUGAGCUAGAACAUGCAUCGGCUGCAGGCGAUACGGACAACUACUUGACUAACCCGAUUAACGUCUAUAGACUAAUGAAGCGUCUGCAUACGGAUUGGUUCAACUUUGAGCAACGUGCUCACAUAGUAAACUCUCAGCUGCAUUUCAAUAUUACACAAUACCAUGACCUGCACUUUCCCAGCCAGGAGGAUGUCGAUGGAGCUGCCUUGGCUUUGGUUCGCCUGCAGAGCACCUAUAAAUUGGAUGUGGCUCAAGUGGCCGCUGGCAUACUGAAUGGCAUUAAAUACGGCACCGACAUGAGCUGGCAGGAUUGCUUUGUGCUGGGUCAACAACUCUUUGAAUUGGAGGACUACAACAACACCAAAGUGUGGCUGCGAGAGUCGAUGGAGCGCUUGCAGCGGCUCCACCCACAGAAGCAAACGACGGCGGCACCACCACCCGAGCCGACAAUUUUGAACAGCAUGGAAAUGGUGGCGAAGAGUUUAUUCCAAAUGGGCGACUUCGACACGGCAUAUGAGCUGAGUCAGCGUGUGCUGGAGCUCGAUCCGGCGCGCAAGCGGAAUUGGCAGCCAGGCAGCAAGGUCGACUGGCCAGCAGCAGCGCAGUCAGGACGAACAGAGACGACAGAGACGUCGACGCAGCUGUGGGUGGAGCAGCCCAAGCAGCCAGCCGACUAUCAACUCUCGGAGGAGUUUGCACACUAUGAGAAAGUCUGCAGAGGCGAAGUGCAGCCAACGCCAGCAAAGCAGCGUCAACUGCGCUGUCGCUACAGUCGAGGAACUCAGGCAUUUGGACUGCUGGCGCCACACAAGCUGGAGGAGUACAGCCUGGAGCCGCUAGUGCUGAGCUAUCAUGAUAUGCUGCCUGCCUCGAGCUUAGCGCAGCUGCGCCAAAUGGCCACGCCGCAUAUGAAACGCUCCACAGUCAACUCCGUGCCUGGCGCGGGGCAACGCCAGAAAUCCGCAUUCCGCGUCAGCAAGAACGCUUGGCUGCCCUACAGCACGCAUCCGCUAAUGCAGCGCAUGCUGCGCGACGUGGGCGCUGCCAGCGGACUGGAUAUGACCUACUGCGAGCAGCUGCAGGUGGCCAACUACGGCGUGGGCGGGCACUACGAGCCGCACUGGGACUUCUUUCGCAAUGCGCAGCACUAUCCACCCGAGGAGGGCAAUCGCAUGGCCACAGCCAUAUUUUACCUCUCCGAGGUGGAGCAGGGCGGCGCCACGGCGUUUCCCUUUCUCGACUUUGCCGUGCGGCCGCAGCAAGGCAGCGUCCUCUUCUGGUAUAAUCUGCAUCGCUCCUCCGACAUGGACUUUCGCACCAAGCAUGCGGGCUGUCCCGUGCUCAAGGGCAGCAAGUGGAUUGCCAAUAUCUGGAUACAUGAGGCUACGCAGACGUUUGCACGUCCCUGUGAUUUAUAUAGAGAUAAUGAAAUAUCGCUCGAGUAUCAAACUAUUAAAUAA